GAUGUAUGUCUUCUUCUCGGCCGCUGCUCGGCCUCGUCCGGCGAGCCACCACCUCCUCCCAUGCCCGGCAGGUCCACGCGCAAAUCAUCCUCUGCGGCCUCCCCCUCCACAACCACCUUCUUUGCAAGCUGGCGGAACUCCGCUCCUCCGACUACGCGCUCGCCGUCUUCCGCCGCCUCCCCUCGCCGCCUAACGACCACGCGCGUCCGUCCCACCAACUUCACCUACCCGCCCCUGCUCAAUUCCUGCUCCGCCCUCUCCUCUGCCAACCUCGGCCGGCAGGUCCACGCGCACGUUGUCAAGUUAGGGUUCAUCUUCGACCUCUACGUAGGUAAUUCCCUCAUUGAUAUGUACUCCAAGUGCCUCCUCAUCGACGACGCCCACCAAGUGCUCGAGGAUAUGCCUGUGAGUGAUGAGGUGUCAUAUAACUCCCUCAUCUCUGGUUAUGCACGUGUUGGAGACAUGAACACGGCCCGUUCGGUGUUUGAAGAAAUGCCGCAUGCACAGAAUGUGGUCUGCUGGACUGCCCUUAUUGAUGGAUUUGGGAAGCAUGGAAUGAUAUCAGAGAUGCUCGAUAUUUUCAAACGAAUGCUUGUUUCCGCUGAACAUGUUCUUCCCAACUCAGCCACCAUGGUGUGCCUCCUAUCUGCAUGUGCAAAUGCUUCGAAUUGGGAGGUUGGAAAAUGGGUAGCGGGUUUCAUUGAGGUCAAUAUGAUCACAUUGGACUCAUUUCUUAGUACAGCACUAGUAGACAUGUAUGCAAGAUGUGGAGAUGUUGGAAAAGCAAGGAAAGUGUUUGAUAGUAUUUGUGACAGAAAUGUGGGGUUAUGGAAUGCUAUGAUCACUGGAUACCUUCAUGGAGGAUCCCCAGAAGAUGCAGUCAGAUUGUAUCAUCAUAUGAGGAAAUUAUCUGUCGAACCAAAUGAGAUCACCAUGGUCAAUUUGCUUUCAGCUUGUGCUAGCCUGGGAGCUCUUGAUCUUGGGAGAGAAGUUCAUCGAACUUUGGCUAGAAAGAGAAUGCAGAUGAAUGUAAUUCUGGCCACUGCUCUUGUUGACAUGUAUUCCAAGUGUGGGGGCAUUAACGAUGCUUGCUUGGUUUACGUGAAGGCACCGAAUAAAGAUGUCGUUUUGUGGAAUGCAAUGAUAGCAGGGCUUACAGUUCAUGGAUAUGGUAAAGAUGCUCUAACAGUCUUUGUGAAAAUGGAGAGACUCGGAGUGAGGCCAAAUGAUUCUACCUUUGUAAGUGUUUUAUCGGCAUGUAGCCAUUCAGGCCUUGUAGAGGAAGGUAAAGCUAAUUUUCACAAGCUGCUUGACUAUGGAUUGAAUCCUAGGGUUGAGCAUUAUGCUUGCUUGGUUGACCUUCUUGGUCGAGCAGGGGAUCUAAGUGAAGCUGUUGCACUGAUACAAAGGAUGGUAGUCCCCCCUAAUUCUGCCAUCUGGUCUUCUUUGUUGAGUGCUUGUCGUAUCCAUGGGAAUGUUCAACUGGCUAGUGAAGUUGGACGGCUUGUUCUUUCGUCCGGUGAGGCAAGCUUAGGUUGUUGCAAACUGCUUUCUAACAUUUUUGCCAGUGUUAGCAGUUGGACUGAUGUAGCAAGAGUGAGGAAAUUGAUACACGAGAAAGCAAUGAUGAAUAUUUCCAGCUGCAGUUGGAUCGAAGUACAUGGGACUGUUUAUAGAUUUCUUGUAGAAGACACAAAGCUUGUAAGAUAUCAACAGCUAUACACAAUGCUAACUAUUCUGAUGAGGCAGUUGGGUGAUGAAGGAUAUCAACCAGAUUCUGACAAUCUUGGGGAGCAUGUCUGAACUUAAUUUAUUCAGUUAUUUUCAUCUCUCAAGGUGCUUUAAGAUCAUGUUCAUUCAUUCACCUGAAGAUGACCAUAGAUCGAUCGAUGAGUGCUACAACAAUGGCUGCAAAUGGGGCUUCAUUUUGUUUUCAGGGACCCUAUUAGCACAGUAAACAAUAAUUUGCUCAAGAAUUUAGGCCAAACUAGAAACAAGCUCCAGACUGUAUAAAGAUGGUGAUAUUUGGAGCAGGUGAUGGCAUGGAGUUUUGCCCACUGAGGAUAUCCAACCUCACAUAGACCCAGAGAGAACAUCCUCAUAAGUUAAUGUUGGAGAUUGAAAAUCGAAAGAUUGUGUGAUUCUUAUUCAAAGAAAAUGUUAAUAAUUACAGCCAACCAAGCUCACCAGCAACUGAACUUCUAAGCUGUAAGUUUCUCAGUAAUAAAUGUUUUGUGAUUCCCCUGUUAUUACUCGUGUAUUUGGUGAUUCCAAACUUGGAAGUACAUAAUCCAGCGAUGAUAUGCUAUAUGGAGAAGCAUUCUCAACAUGAGAAAAUGAUCCUUUUUAACAAUGGUGGGUUGCACUCUGUAGAAGAUUUCUCAGUAAAAAUAAUCUUCCAUCAUCUGCAAAAUCAGUGCCAAGUUA